AUGCGAUCAGCAAAAGUUGGAGUAGCAAGGCAGUUGGAAACAAAAAAGCCACAGACCGGCAGAAAAAUAUCAACAUCGUCUCGUGGAACGAUUCAUUCGCAACAGAGUCAACCAGAAGAUAUUCAAAUGAAGUAUACAAGAAAGGAACUCAAGGAGUACCGUCAGCUGUUCAACAUGUUUGACACUGACGGUUCCGGUGCCAUUGGUAACGAAGAGCUCAAACAGGCGAUGAUAAGUAUUGGACUUCAUGCGAACAAGGCUGAGAUUGACAACGUCAUAAAGGAGGUUGAUGCUGAUGGAAACGGAGAGAUCGAUUUCGAGGAGUUCUGUGCAUGCAUGAAGAAGUCGCAGAACAUCGUCAAGUCUACCAAUGAGGAGCUCAUCCGCGAGUGCUUCGAGAUUUUCGAUCAAGAUCGUAAUGGGAUCAUCACAGAGAACGAGUUCAAGUACAUCGCCAAGGAGUUCGGAGACUUUGAUGACGAACUCGCUGAGAAGGUCUUCCGUGAACUCGACGUCUCUGCUAACGGCCACUUGUCUGCUGAUCAGUUCGCAACCAUCGUCGAGGACUACUUGCUGAGCGACCCCGUGAAGCACGACGUUGACACUGGAGACUCGGAUGUCGAGCGACACGAUGAUGGACGUGACGACCGCGCGAGUCCAAUGCCAAACCAUCUGACUACUGUUCCAGAAUAA